AUGGAUUGUAGGGAGGCCACAUGGAAGCUAAGAGGCUGGCGGGGGACUGUUGUAGAGGUCCAGGUGGCUGAUGAUGUUUUGGACGACGUAGCCGUGAUAAAGCUGAGAAAAGUACAAAAACGUUUCAUUCUCUUCAUUGUCUUCUAUGUGUCUUUCAGGCACGAAGUCGUCAACAUCAACCUGAAAAAUAAACCCGAGUGGUUCUUUAAGAAGAAUCCCGCUGGUCUGGUGCCAGUUCUGGAAAACAGCCGGGGUCAACUGAUCUACGAAUCUGCCAUCACUUGUGAGUACCUGGAUGAAGCAUAUCCAGAGAAGAAGCUGUUGCCAGCUGACCCCUAUGAGAAAGCGUGCCAAAAGAUGGUCUUUGAGUUAUUUUCUAAGGUGCCACCUUUGGUAGGAAGGUUUAUAAGAAGUGAAAAUAAGGAAGACUGCUCUGACCUGAAAGAAGAAUUUCGCCAAGAAUUCAGCAAGCUUGAGGAGGUUCUGACCAAUAAGAAGACAACCUUCUUUGGUGGCAAUUCACUUUCUAUGAUUGAUUACCUCAUGUGGCCCUGGUUUGAACGACUGGAAGCACUGGAGUUAAAUGAGUGUGUAGACCACACUCCAAAACUUAAGCUCUGGAUGGCAGCCAUGAGGAAAGACCCCACAGUAUCAGCUCUCCUCAUUGACGUGAAAACCUUUCAAGGUUUCUUAAAUCUCUACUUGCAGAACAGCCUGGAGGCCUGUGACUACGGGCUCUGAUGGGGGCAGAAGUCAACAAUGAAAAUAUAUCUGAUACUUUCCUUCACUAAUAGGAAUAAAAGCAUGCUUUUAUCUUAA